GACAGCUGAGCUACAACCAGUUCAGCUACAGCACGCUUCUCCUUCCAUAUCAUCAAUACGAUUGCCACGGCUUGCCAAUAACAGAAACACCCAAUCUGUCGGACUUGGUAUCCUAUUCAUAUACGCGCUGCAUGGCUGACUAGCCUCACAAAAAGGACCAACACACGUCCACAACCACCUUCAUCCCCCAGCUGUCAAUACAGACACAAUGGCCGUAAACUCACAGCUGCAGAUCUUACGCUCUGCCCUCAAGCCAGAGAUUAAACCGGAGGACAUCCCGCCCCUUCCUGAGAUACAAGCUGAGGCUAUCAAGGUACAAGUGUUCACGCACCGCAGUUACUACGCUAGGCCGAACCACGUAUUCGAGGAUCACCCCAAUGAUCCCAGUCCUGACAACGAGAAGUUCGAGCACCUCGGCGACACCGUCCUUGGUCUGGUGGUCACUACUCUGUUACUGGAACUAUACCCCAACCUUCGCGUGGGCCCUUCGACUAAAAUCAGGGCCUUGAUUGUUGGUAACGCCACAUUGGCAGACGUUUCCCGCAGGUACAGGCUCCCAGAGCGUCUCCGUCUGCACCCGGCCCAAGCCAUCACAUUGCGAGCAUCGACGAACGUCCAAGCCGACGUUUUCGAGUCCUAUGUAGGAGGGCUCUACUUGGAUCAAGGGCUCGAAACUGUCAGGGGAUGGCUCAGACGUCUUUUUGGACCAUACACCACCGAAGCCUACCAAAGGAUCCGAAAGCAGCACGGCUUACCACUGGCGCCUACUCCUCCUUUGACCCCUCCUAUCCAGACCCCGCCGCCUUCAUACUCUCCACAGCCACCCUGGUCCACUUCGCACAUCUCGUCCACCCCGACGACCAUUGGACAUCUGGCGCUGUUCAACCAGCACCUGCAGAAAGAAAACAAAGGGGUCGAAUGGGUGUACGGAAUUGGAGAAGGCGAAGCAGCGAAGACGACGCCGAUCUGGAUGGUCCGUGUGUUGGUCGAUGGCGAGCUAUAUGGCCGCGGACAGGGAAAUACCAAGAAGGCCGCGCGCAAUGAAGCCGCGAAGGAAGGUCUGGAGAAAAUGGGUAUUAAUGUUUGAAGACCACGGAUCACUCAGCAGGGUUUCUUCAGACUGCUGCUGGAUGCGCGGACGUUCAUCCUGCAAUACUGUGAUCAAAGAAUUAUAUGUGAAGUCUGUUCUUGAGAUACAUAGCAAUGAUGUGUACUACUUUUUGAAAAGUGUUUCUUGAUAAAUUGUUGUC